UCUGCUGUUCUUGGCUGACUCCACACCGGCACUGGAAGCGCGGCAGGGGACACAGCCAGCGGCACAGAGGGAUCCUGCCGGCACUGCCGCUCCGAGACGAAAAGCCGUCAAACCUAAUCUUUUGAUGAAAAGAGUUGUUGAAGUCAUGAGUGCUUCACAGUUUCUCUCUGCUUUUACUCUUGGGCUCCUCCUGCUCAGAGACGGUGCCGCGUGGUCUUACGGCGCCUCCACGGAAAGCAUGACCUUCGAGGAGGCCAGGGCUUAUUGUCAGCAGAGGUACACGCAUCUGGUCGCCAUUCAGAACCAGGAGGAGAUUGAAUACCUGAACUCCAAAUUCAGCUUUUCCCCCAGUUACUACUGGAUCGGACUCAGGAAGAUCAACAGCACGUGGACCUGGGUGGGGACCCAGAAGCCUCUGACCGAAGAAGCCGAGAACUGGGCUUCGGGGGAGCCGAACAACAAGCAAGAGAACGAGGACUGCGUGGAGAUCUACAUCAAGAGGGCCACGGACGCGGGCCGGUGGAACGACGAGAGGUGUGACAAGAAGAAGCUGGCCCUGUGCUACGAAGCCGCCUGUACCCCCGCCUCCUGCAGCGGCCACGGCGAGUGUGUGGAGACCAUCAACAACUACACCUGCCAGUGUCAGCCUGGCUUUCAUGGACUCAGGUGUGAGCAAGUGGUGACCUGUCAAGCACAAGAAGCCCCUGAGCACGGGAGCCUGCACUGCGUCCACCCUGUGGGGAACUUCAGCUACAACUCCUCCUGCUCCGUCCACUGUGAAGAGGGCUACGUCCCCAGCAGCACAGAGGCCACGCGGUGCACGGCCUCCGGCCAGUGGAGCGCGCCCCGUCCCGCCUGCACAGUGGCCGAGUGUGGCGCCUUGACAGAGCCUGCCAACGGAGUCCUGGAAUGUCCCCAGAGCCCGGGAGGCUUCCCGUGGAACACAACCUGUGCGUUUCACUGUCAGGAGGGAUUUGAGCUCCUGGGAGCCCAGCGCCUCCAGUGCACCUCAUCUGGGAGAUGGGACAACGAGGAGCCAGUGUGUAAAGCUGUGACAUGUGGCACCAUGGGCCACCCUCAGGACGGCUCUGUGAGCUGCAGGCACUCGCCCGCGGGACAGUUCGCCUUCAAGUCAUCCUGCAGCUUCGCCUGUAAGGAAGGCUUCGUGCUGCAGGGGCCGACCCAGACCGAAUGCACCGCACGAGGCCAGUGGACGCAACAAGCCCCCACUUGUGAGGCUUUCCAGUGUGAAGCCUUGUCCAGCCCAGAGAGAGGCUACAUGAAUUGCCUUCCUGGUGCCUCUGGAAGUUUCCACAGCGGGUCCAGCUGCGAGUUCUCCUGUGAGCAGGGGUUUGUGCUGAAGGGACCCCAAAAGCUCCAGUGUGGCCCCACGGGGGAAUGGGACAGUGAGAAGCCCACGUGUGAAGCUGUGAGAUGUGACACCAUCCGCCAGCCCCGGGGGGGCGCAGUGAGGUGUUCGCAUCCCCCGACGGGGCGGUUCACUUACAAGUCCUCCUGCGCCUUCAGCUGUGAAGAAGGCUUUGAGCUGCAUGGAUCCCCUCACCUCGAGUGCACGCCUGAGGGACGGUGGACACAGGAGGUGCCCUCCUGCCAAGUGGUGCGGUGUCCGAGCCUGGCCGCUCCCACCAAGGUCAGCGUGAGCUGCAGCGGGGAGCCCGUGUUUGGAGCCGUGUGCACGUUCGCGUGUCCUGAGGGCUGGAAGCUCAACGGCUCUGACGCUCUGACGUGUGGUGCCGCAGGACACUGGUCUGGGGUGCUGCCCACCUGUGCAGCUCCCCCCGAGUCCAGCGUCCCCCUGGUGGUUGGACUCUCUGCUGCUGGAACUUCCCUCCUGACAUUAGCAUCAUUUCUGCUCUGGCUUCUGAAACGCCUGCGGAGAAAAGCAAAGAAAUUUGUCCCUGCCAGCAGCUACCAAAGCCUUCAGUCAGCGGGGUCCUACCAAAUGCCUUCUGAGUUGAUUUAAGUCCAAAGCAAUCAGGAGCCGGGAUCCCCAGGGAGCAGCGCAGUACCAGCACCCCGAAGACGGCAGAGGCAGGGCCCCUCCUGGGGUCUGGGCCCUUCUUGCCUCUGACUCGCCGCCUUUGCUGCCCACGAGGCCGUCACGCACCACCCAGCAGGGCUGAGCCCCCCUCUCCCAUCCUGGGAUCUGGGGGCAUCCGGGGACUGGACGGGAAGGAACUUCUCUCCAGGCAAUGCAAAGGGGCCAAGGCCCUGGGGGCCCAGAAUCCGUGUCCAAGCCUCCCACGCCCGCUGUGGCACCUCAGCGGAGACACGCAGCUUUUUGUGGGCACCGUUUCUCUCUGGCUCCUCACAGUGUUUCUGUGGCCGACUAUGCGGCUGCUGCCGUGAGGGUGGACUAUGAUGGUCCCCAGUUCAGAGGAAACAAACUGGCCAAAGAGAUUCUAUUAGUCACCACAAAGCAAAAAUGACCAUGUUUAACACCCGUGGUGACCGCGCAGGGAGGGUUUGUUGACAGUACAAGUCCGACCUGGCACUCGGCGCGGGCAUCACGAAGCACAGCGUGGACCACGCUGCUCUGAGGAUGCCGAGGAGCGGGGCUUUCGAAAGCGUUCCAAGGGGCCGUGUUCUUCCUGCUCGCACUGGAUCCAGGAGAAGCUCCCAUAACUCUUAAUUCAGUGCACGUGUUGCAGGAGCUUUAAAAUAGGGAACUGUUAGGACAACGAUAGGAUAAAAGUUACUGAUCGUAGAUCUUUUCUUACUAACAAAUUCUAGUGUUACAUCUGCAUGAAUUUAUUUCAAAAAAGGGCAGAUACUGUCCCUUAGUAAUGCAUGAUGUUAGCCAGUGUAAAGUUCUGAAUGUCUGACUACAGCUGCUGUUAAGAACACGAGUAGUAUCCAGAGAGCGAGGCCUGGUGGGCACACACACUUGUGCACUCAGGCACCAUCUUCAGAGGUCUGUGGUUUCCAUGGUGAAGAACUUCCAUGAGGCCAGAUGUUCUGAUGAGAUAGAACCAUAAAUGCCAACAAAUGAAGGUACAAUUUUAUGAAUGUCUGUGUUGAACAAAGCACGCAGAAACGUGGAUGUGUUUUGUGUUCCUACAAAAAUGUCAGAAGUGAUGUGUCAACGUAGAAUCAUUGUAUGUUACAUAAGCUUUUAAAUCUGUGACAGGAACUCACCAUGUAAAGGAUUUGCCUAGUGGAUUUUUAAAGAGUGAACCUGCCUAGUAAUUAUUCCCUGAUUGUCUUAUUCUGUUUGAGUGUUCUUGAAGAGAGGAAAGCCUGUAUGAGCAUAUUUAUAUUUAUUUAUAAUAAAUUGUCACUGGCAAUGAUGAAUUACCCGUCGGUAUUGCCAGCGCUGUCCAACCUUGUAGCCUUAGAAUCAAAGCUCCCCCAUACUUGCAUUAAUUAACUCAGCGUGUGUUUCAGAGAAGUGCCCACUGCAUAGUGGCAAAGCCAAAAGGAAACGGGGAUAUACCAAGGACGAGAACAGAAGGUUUUCAGGGGGCAAAAGAACUCAGGGAAAUAAGGGAGAGAGCAAAAAACCCCACGUCUAUUGUGGUCAGGCUACUUGUGGGAAGAAUUAUUGUUUUCUCUGAAAUUGUUCAAACGUUGUAAAUAUUUAUACAUACUGCAUUGGAAAUAGCUGUGUGAAAUGUACAUGUCGUCUGUGUGUGGGUUUUAUAAAGUAUUUUAAAUUAUGGUUUAAAAUAUUUUAUAAUUUUUAAAGUAUGUAUUUAUUUAAGCUGAUGUCAUACCUGUUCUGUAUUUGACAUAGCGCUACAAAGUUUGAUAAUAAAUGUGUUUAUAUUUA